UCUUUAGACCGGAUAUAUCGGUUUCCGUAUAUAUGAGCGGCGUUCUGCUCUCAGCGGGGUACGUACACGCUUUGUAAUCGCUGGUUUAAACAAGACGUAUAGAGACAAAAGACAAAACAAUACAUUUAGCAAAGACAAAUGACACAAGUAGUCAUAGGCACGAGGAGUGCGCGCGCACGAAAGUUUUUUUUGUAUACUUUUUUUAUUUAAUGGUCGACAAAUUGUAAAAAAGUAAAAAAGGUUGGCUUUUUUUUUUGUUUUUAAAAAUGCACUUUGUUGGAAUAACUUUUUUACUAGCCUAUCUGCUUCACGCCAACUUGAUUUACUGCGAACAUUUCAAUGAUGACGAAGAGGAGCAGACGGAUGUGGCGGACUCUUCACCAUUGCCAGACAUGGAACAUAGGUUGCGCUCAGCUUCCAGUGUUGAUGAACUAAUGCGUCUCAUCUACCCUUUAUACUGGGCUGCCCUAAAGUGUAGAUCCAAACUACCGUUUGCUGCUGUGUCCAAACUGUCUCACCGUCUCAGCCCAUUUGCAGGAACAGAUGAGACAACAUUUGCUGCUGCCUUCAUGAACUUGGAUGUUCUCAAAAGUAUAGAGUCAGAAUGGCGAAAGACCCAGUGCAUACCCAGGGAAGUGUGUGUCGACGUGGGCAGGGAGUUUGGUGCACCCACCAACAUCUUCUAUAAACCACCAUGUGUGUCCGUCUACAGAUGUGGAGGAUGCUGCCACUCAGAGGACAAACAAUGCAGGAAUAUCUCCACUGGUUACCUCAGCAAAUCUAUUUUUGAGAUCACCGUACCUGUCACCCAAGGCACCAAGCCUGUGACGAUCAGUGUGGCCAAUCAUACGCAGUGUAGCUGUUUGUCCAAGCUUGACAUCUACAAGCAAGUCCACAGCAUCAUCAGGAGAUCCUUGACUGAGUGCCCAAUAGCCAAUCAGGCAUGUGCCCAAGAUCAAGAUUGGAGCAGCAGUCAGUGUCGAUGUGUCAACAUUGCAACAAAUCCUUCACUAUCAUUGCACCUUCCGAAGUCGUCCCAACAAAUCAACAUAUUCUCAGCAGAUGUGUGCGGCCUACAUAAGGAACUGGACGUGGAGACCUGUCAGUGUGUAUGUCAGCGCACAGCUCACACUCAAGACUGUGGUUCUCACCGUCACUUUGACCGCAGCACUUGCAAGUGUAUGUGCAACAAUCCACCGACCCACUCGUGCCCACUGAGCCACAUAUACAACAAGGAGACGUGCCAGUGCACAUGUAGCAAGACGUGUCCUAAGCACCAGCCGCUCAACAAAACAAAGUGCUCCUGCGAAUGCAACGAGUCACCCAAUAAGUGUUUUCUAAAAGGCCGCAGGUUUCACCAUGCUACGUGCAGUUGUCUCAGGCCUCCAUGUGAAGUCAGGAGACGAAGGUGUGAACCGGGCUUUUUGUUCACUGAAGAAGUGUGCCGCUGUGUACCGUCCCACUGGAAACGACUGGACUAACCCUCGCAUUUUUGAGCAGUGAAAUUAAGCAAGGACAUGGUCAGCAAUGUCAUGUUGAUCCAUUGGCCCUGAUUAGACAUUUCCUUGGACUAUAAUGACACUUUAAAGAAAGUGAGGAAGUAAACACAGGCGUUUUUUGUCAACUGUGAUGAACAUCGAGGACGAUAAUGUCUGCCAGUUGCUCCAGAAUGUACUUCCGAGUGCAACAAGAAAGCUAACGGGGCUUAUCGCCACAUCAGGUGUUUUUCAUAUAGUAAUUCAGGGUUUCCCCUACGUUUAAUCAAUUGUGUCACCACGCCGUGGCAAAAUAAAAGCGGCCACACCUCUAAAACAACGUGAAAACAAAUGUCUUAUAUUGGCUACUUAUAGCCUAUUAUUUGCACACAGGUGCUGCUCCAAAAAUGCGGUCAAUCAAAAAAAGGCUUUGAUCACGGAAACAGCUCCACCAAAACAGGUUGUUGUGAUUAUAUAACUAAGACGCACGCAAUUGUCUGGAGCAGAGGCAGCAUGUCUGCGAUGUGGUCGUACUUUAAUAGAGCCCAGAUUAGGGUUGUACGGUAUACCGGUAUUAGUAUAGUACUGCGAUACUAAUGAAUCAUUUUUAGUUCUAUACCGCCUCUGAAAAGUACCGGUAUCAAGUACCGAACAACAGAAGAAUAAGCGAUUAUUACAUUUUAACAGAAGUGUAGAUAGAACAUGUUAAAAGAGAACAUAAGCAGAUAUUAACAGUAAAUGAACAAGUAGAUUAAUAAUUAAUUGUCUACCACUUGUCCUUAAUAAGGUUGACAAAUAAUAGAAUGAUAAAUUACACAAUAUGGAGUCAUUGUUUGUUUACUAACUAAUAAAAGACAAGUUGUUUAGUAUGUUCACUAUUUUAUUUAAGGACAAAAUUGCAAAAAGAAACAAAUCUUUAAUGUACCCUAAGAUUGUUUGUUAAAAUGAAGCCAAUAAUGCAAUUUUUUGUAAUCCCCAUUAUUUAGAAAAGUACCGAAAAGUAUCAAAAUAAUUAUGGUACCGGUAUCAAAAUAUUGGUAUCGGGAAAACACUAUCCCAGAUAUACCUGUGCACAGCGAUCAACAAAAUGUGCAAUGUGCAAACAUUAAGAGGACAGUGGUGCUCUUUCAAGGACAGAAAUGGCAGCUGUGCAAAGCUGAAGCAAGUGUGACAUCAGGCUCGCUGCAGCUCAUGUUGUUCGCCACAGACGUAAAGAAGUAAAGAGGGAUUUAAAGUACCAAUGAUUGUCACACACACACAAUAGGUGUGGUGAAAUUUGUCCUCUGCAUUUGACACACCCCCUUGACCACCCCCUGGGAGGUGAGGAGUGGGCAGCAGCAGUGGCCACGCCCGGGUGUCAUUUUUGGCAAUUUAACCCCCAAUUCCAACCCUUACCAGCCAGGGGUUGAACUCACAACCUACUGAUCUCAGGGUGGACACUCUAACCACUAGUCCACUGUGUAGUACAGUGUAUAAUCACACCAGAAAAUAUGCUACAUGUGUUGGUAGUCGUUUUUAAUAAAGACAAUGUCACUAAAAGGAUUGGAGAAGUCUCUAGAACAGGGGUCACCAACGCGGUGACCAGGUCGCCCGUAAGGACCAGUUGAGUCGGCUGCUGGCCUGUUCUAAAAAUAGCUCAAAUAGCAGCACUUACCAUUGAGCUGCCUUUAUUUUUAAAAUUGUAUUUAUUUACUAGCAAACUGGUCUCGCUUUGCUUGACAAUUUUAAUUCUAAGAAAGACAAAACUCAAAUAGAAUUUGAAAAUCCAAGAAAAUAUUUUAAAGACUUGGUCUUCACUUGUUUAAAUUAAUUUAUUAUUAUUUUACUUUGCUUCUUAUAACUUUCAGAAAGACAAUUUUAGAGAAAAAAUACAACCUUAAAAAUGAUUUUAGGAUUUUUAAACACAUAUACCUUUUUACCUUUUAAAUUCCUUCCUCUUCUUUCCUGACAAUUUAAAUCAAUUUUCAAGUAUUUUUUUUUUAUUGUAAAGAAUAAUAAAUACAUUUUAAUUUAAUUCUUCAUUUUAGCUUCUUUUUUUUUCGACGAAGAAUAUUUUUUUAAAUAUUUCUUCAAACUUAUUAUGAUUAAAAUAAAUAAUAAAAUAUUCUGGCAAAUCUAGAAAAUCUGUAGAAUCAAAUUUAAAUCUUAUUUCAAAGUUUUUUUUUUCGAAAUUGAAAAUGUUUCAAAAUUUAAUUGUAAUUUUUUUCGUGUUUUCUCUUCUUUUAAAUCGUUCAAUUAAGUGUUUUUUUUUUUCAUCAUUUAUUCUCUACAAAAAACUUUCCGUGAAAGGAAAAAAAAUUAAUGACGCACUGACAGACAGAAAUACCCAUUUUUUAUAUAUAUAUAGAUGUAUUUAUUAAAGGUAAAUUGAGCAAAUUGGCUAUUUCUGGCAAUUUAUUUAAGUGUGUAUCAAACUGGUAGCCCUUCACAUUAAUCAUUACCCAAGAAGUAGCUCUUGGUUUCAAAAAGGUUGGUGACCCCUGCUCUAGAAACUUUAAAAGAUUUUAACAAAGUACAUUGCACAAAACCCAAAACCAAUGAAGUUGGCACGUUGUUUAAAUGGUAAAUUAAAACAGAAUACUAUGAUUUGCAAAUCCUUUUCAACUUAUAUUCAAUUGAAUAGACUGCAAAGACAAGAUACGUAAUGUUCGAACUGGAAAACUUUAUUUUUUGCAAAUGUUGGCUCAUUUUGAAUUUGAUGCCUGCAACAUGUUUCAAAAAAGCUGGCACAAUUAGCAAAAAAGACUGUUGAAAAUUUAGGAAUGCUCAUCAUACACUUAUUUGGAACAUCCCACCAGUUAACAGGGUAAUUGAUAUCAGCUGGGUGCCAUGAUUGGGUAUAUAACCAGCUUCCAUGAAAUGCUCAAUCAUUCACAAACAAGGAUGGGACGAGGGUCACCACGUCUCCUUGAAGUUAUUAAAGUUGAGGAAUGCUCAUCAAAGAGGAAAAGAAGCAUCUGAACUGUUAUGGGUUGAAAAGCCAGCAUCUGUGAUGGUAUGGGGGUGUAUUAGUGCCCAAGGAAUGGGUCACUUACACAUCUGUGAAGGCACCAUUAAUGCUGAAAGGUACACACAGGUUUUUGAGCAACAUACAGUAUGUUGCCAUCCAAGCAAGGUUAUCAUGGACACCCCUGCUUAUUUCAGCAAGACAAUGCCAAGCCACGUGUAACAACAGCGUGGCUUCAGAGUAAAAGAGUGCGGGUACUAGACUGGCCUGCCUGUAGUCCAGACCUGUCUCCCAUUGAAAAUGUGUGCUGCCAUAUGAAGCCUAAAAUACCACAACGGAGACCCCGGACUGUUUUAACAAUUUAAGCUGUCCGUCAACCUGAAAAGCUUAAAAAAUGUGUCUCCUCACUUCCCAAACGUUUACUGAGUGUUGUUAAAAGGAAAGGCCAUGUAACACAGUGGUAAAAAUGCCCCUGUGCCAACUUUUUUGCAAUUUGUUGCUGCCACUAGAUUCAAAGUUAAUGAUUAUUUGCAAAAAAUAUAUAUGUUUCUCAGUUCGAACAUUAAAUAUCUUGUCUUUACAGUCUAUUCAAUUGAAUACAAGUUAAAAAGGAUUUGCAAAUAUUUCUUUUCUGUUUUUAUUUACCAUUUACACAACAUGCCAACUUCACUGGUUUUGGGUUUUGUACAAAAAACACCAACAACUGAAAAAUAGAGCAAAACAAAAUAAUAGACGACAAAAAAUGUUAUUGCUAAUUUUUGACAACACAUUUUUUUUUUUAAAAGUAUGUAUAAUUUUUUGGAGCCAUUUUAAAUCAUGCAGAUGAAGCUCCGAGCCAUGCCCACGUCACCACAAGUGUAUUGGCAUCCUGGGGGAAACCCUGUAAUUAAGACGGACAUGGCUCAGUACAUGAACAACACAAAAGCUACUUUUUUCUUUUCUGUAUUCCCUAUAACUUGGCUUUUCAACUCUCUAAUCAAGAGGGCCACAGUUUUAAGAGUCCAACGGCUUUGGGGCCGGACAUCAAAAUAUGGAUGUUUCGUCAUAAAGUGCCUCCACGGGUUAUAUUCCCUCGAGACUUAAUUUACUCAAUUACAAAGUUAACACAUAGGGGCAGCUUAGCUCGGUUGCCAGCAACUUGAGGGUUCCAGGUUCGAUCCCCGCUUCUGCCAUCCUUGUCUCAGCUCUUGUGUCCUCAGGCAAAACACUUCACCCACCAGCUCCCAGUGCCACCCACACUGGUUUAAAUGUAACUUAGAUAUUGGGCUUCACUAUGUAAAGCUCUUUUAGUCACUAGAGAAAAGCGCUAUAUAAAUAUAAUUCACUUCACUUUUGCAUUGUCAGUAAAUUCAUUAUUUUUCCCUCGCUACUGGAUUCCAGCGUGUGCAGCUAGUUAGGAGUAUGAAGUUACAAACACAAGUCGUGUUGGGGGUUGAUGUUCCUUAUUUUUAAUUAUAUUCUUUCUACAGUUUAAUACAGGCAUGUGAUUUUUACGUCUAUAGUCAGAAAUCUGUCUUCUUUUAUCUCUGUGAAAAUAUAAAAAAAUAUUUUCCGUUUUUCUUUGUUUUUUCCGACCUACAAUGUGUGGUAAAAUCUUGAUCCGUCUCUUUGCCAAACCUGCCAACAACUACGGUUUUCCCGUAAUGAGUACAUUUUUUGAUAGUGCAGUGGUAAAAACUAUGGUUUUCCAUUACAAAUUAUUAACUUAAAAAUCGUAACUACAUAGCGAAGCAACUUCACAGGCAGGGGACAAAAUAUUCGGGAAAAAUAUCAAUGAUGAUUGAUUGGUUUACGUAUAAGAAAAUCCAUGAUUGGUUGAUUGGUGUACUAUGAUGAGUCACGAUUGGUUAAGAUUAGGGCAAAACGUUAUGGAUAGGCCAAUCAGAGGCGAGAUUGGGCAGGUCAUCGAACCAGGAAGGGAAAUCACAACAGACGCACCCAUCCCAAAUGACGACGAGAGAGUCGGAGAAGAGAAGUGUAAAUAUUCAAGCGGGCAAUUUAUAUAUUAAAAAAAACUAGUGGAAGAUGGCAGAGGGAUUCUCUUCCUUAGAUUUUUCCUUUAGCGAUGUCGACUACGUCCAACCCACGAUGCGUCUACUUGGCCACAUGUGGACAAAUGUAUGCGUCUGGAUAAAACAAUGCCCAAAACAUUCAUUUUAGUUGUUUACCAUGUAAGCCCAAAUCAAAACUGCUCUCCACAGGGAAGACGAGGAAUAAACAUUUAAGAACACACGAUUGCGGCAGACACGUAAAUGCUACAUUUCAUUUCCAUUGUUUUUUUAGGACAAGACUGUAGCUGACAUUUUGUUCAUUAUUUGACAUUGAAUAGUGGAAUCAUUUUGAAACAUAAACAACAUGCCUGCAAGUUUUUUAUUUCAUGCUAUAAAUCACAAAUGGCUGUUCAGAUAAAACAAGUUAGCUAAUUGAAUAAACAUUGUUUGUACUUUUUAAGAUUUUUGGAUUUGGAGCAGUUAAAAGUGAAGAGGGAGUCGACAAAUUGGCUAUAAGGUCUGAGGCAGAAUCCACUAAAUCUGAAACAAAAAGGAAAAUGCAAGCUGCUCAGUAAUUUGCCAGGAAGGCUCAUGUCAGGGCCAUCAAAGGAAAAAUGCCAAAAUAAUGUGUAAAUAAUGUAAAGAUGAACAUCUGUGGCUGUGAAGUGAACACUUGUAAGGUUGUAAAUACUGCAUAGAGUAGGCUAACCCAUGUAGUUCCUGUGGAUGUGAACACAAGUUACCCCCUAGACCCCAGGCUUAUUUUCAGUCAUUUUCAUUAAAUUCAAAUUAUAUGCCUUGUUUAAUGUCUUUAAUUUCUUUUUCAUUUAGAAUUGUAAAACUGAAAAUAUAAACAUAAACAUUACAAAAGUAUAGCAUCAAUUGUGUAUUUUACAUAAACAAUGUCCAUUUUGUAUUUUACGUGAAUAAAAUAGAACAUUAUUUGUUAA